UUUAUUAGGAAAUUAUUCAAUUAUUUUUCAGAAGUGUCAUCAGUAUCGUUGCCAUGAGAUCACGAUGGUGUUGGAUGGUGAUGUUGGUUGUGGUGACGUAUUCCCCUGGUGGUGGGGCAUCACCAGCCAAGAAGGGUCACCCAAAGUCUAUCCCCCACCACGCAGCCCACAUACUCACGGACCCCAACCACAACUCCCCCAGACUCCUGACCAUGCCUUCUGCCCAGCAUCUCACCCACGGCGCCUUUCCUCUAAGCCACCAUGGUGCACUGCACAACCCUGUUCUGCCUCUGCCACUUAACCACCAACUGUACAACCACAACCACAACGGACUCUAUGACCUCAAUAACAGACUUCUGCACAACGGCUACAACGGCUAUAACGGCUAUAACGGCCUGGCUUACAACGGACUCGGCUUGAACGGGCACGGAUAUAACGGGCUCGGUCAUAACGGGCUAGGUUACAAUGCCUACAACGGUCUGGGUUACAACCCGUACGGGGUGCAGCCUGGUAACUCUUACUACAUUCAGUUACCGGAUGGACGGGUUGAAGAAACGGCUAAAAUAGCCGCUCAGUUAGGAUACUACCCGGUCAAUGGGCUGUACGAUCCGCUGUACAGAGGUUGAAGGGAGAUGAGAUCUCGAACUAUUAUUAAAAUAUAUACUUAAUAAUUAAUAAUAGCUAAUUGGUAUAUUUCAUGGGUGAAAUCUGAAUUAUGAGUUAAAAAGUGAAGGUGCAGUAUUAAAUUGGUCUCAGAAUAGUCCAUUAUGAAAUUGAAAAUUUAUGAAAAUAUAAAAAUUUAUUAAGGGAAAAAACUGCACGGUUUUUGGCUCGAAAUUAAGUUGUUCCAACGUUGAAUAAAUAAACAACCAUGAUUAUGAAUGACUUGAAUUCAUGAGCUAUGGGUGCUCAAAAUCUAUAACGACAAGUGGGUUAUAAAAAUCUUAUGCCAAUAAGGACGACGUGCAUAAGGUAAAUCUUUCGCUUUACACAAAUGAUGUUUAAAUUCUGAUAUGAAAAACAGCCGUAACACAGGAGAAACGACAGUAAUAUUUGAAAAUUAAGUUACAUUUGGUGAGGAUAUUAUUAAUAUAAAUUGAACAAAUUAGGAAAUGCCUCAGAUGAACUCCCUACAUUUAUGAAAAUUAUUCGUCAUUAGUACUGGUAGUAUUCAUCAUUUAAAUACAUAAUUUUCUUGAAUGAUAAAUGUCUGGGGCUACCGAAGAUUUUGUUUUCAUAUUGAUUCAUUGAAUGGGUUAUGACAUAAUCCCAUUAACUUCCGUAAGCCAGACUAACGUCCUCAACUGCCACCUUUUAAUUGGAGAAAAGCGUCCGGUUCUCUAGAGGAAAGAUAAAUAUUAGACGGCGGCGUAUAAGGCCGUUCUCACCAGGGCCAUCAUUAUAAGGUAACUCAAGGGCAGACGAUCGGAAGUCAUUUGGUUAUCUCCUGAAAGUAUAAUUCCUCAAUAUAUUGGAGAUUAAAGUUAUCAGCCCCUGGAAGACAAUAUUAUGUAUAUGCUUCAAACUUUUGACCAAAUUAUAAAAGCUGUGUUUAAGCGAUGUAGUUAUUGAAUUAGCUGUGCGCGGACUGAGCUUCGAAAUUCAAAGCUGGCGAUUACUUAUUUGGAAAUAAAGCCAAUAGCGAGCGAGUGAUCAUAUGUUUUAAAUCGUUUACUGGUAACUUUCACGCAAAUUUGGAGAGAUCUCAUCAGCUUCGUAAAUAAUUUUCAAAAUUAGAAUUAGAUGCACGAAUUUGCUUGUUUAUACAAAGUUCGAUUUAUAACCUUCCCAGGUCAUUGUGGAAGCAGAAGCCUUCAGCUCUAAGAAUUACACUCAAUCUAUCAAUCUAUAGUAUUAACUACCACAUUUGUCAGACCUGUCAGAUUGCUUUCAAAGAAAUUUGCUAUAUACAAUUUUUGAGUUGUUUAUUGUUUAAGUGUAUGAUUAACUUUUGUCCACCAAAAUUUCAUUAUUCGGUGUUUCUCAGAAGUCGAAAAUUAAGGUUGUUGUACUCGAAACUUCGUUAAUAUAUUAAAAUUAAAAGCUGAAACCUGUAUUUUUUAUCUACUAACGUCAUCCAAAAAAUUAUUGAACUCCAGUUACGUGAAAUACGUGAAAAACUUCUUAAAAUUUCACCAAGAACAUUUAAAAUAAAAUAAAUAUAAGUUGAUCAAUGACUGCACUUUGGUUCGUAUCUGCUAGACAAUUAAACUUGGUUU